GAUUUUUGCGUCGUUGUAUUUUAAUAUUUCGUUUUGUUGUUUCAAAUAUUACUGUAUUGAUGGCAAGUAAAUGCUCUUUUGUAUUAAAACAUGGGAAAUACAUUAUUUCAAAUGCUCAGGGUUGAAGUUGGAGGCGAAUUUGAUCGGAAUGUAUCGCUCGAGAACGGUUCAAGAGUCGCUGGUCACAUGCUGUUUGGCCCAAGCUCGUGUGGCAAGACAAGUUUGUUGUUCGAAUACGCUUUUAACUGUGCUGAAAAGGGGGACUAUGUGCUCUUCAUUGCACCUAAACCAUUAAUGAAGCUGCCAUUGUUUGUAAAUGAAAGGAAGCAGCCGGAUGCAGUGGUUUUGAAACGUAUAAAUAUGGUGUAUUUGGCAAAUUGUGACGAGUUGACAGAUUAUUUUGCAAAUGUGCACCUGGAUAAAGUGCGGAAUUCGCCUACAGGGAGAACAAGACAUGUCUUGAUAGACGAUUUUCAUUCUUAUUUUCGAGAGAAAGGCUCACGGACUGAGGACACUAAUCGUUUGGCAAAGUGCAUGGCUUAUAUCAUUGAUGCUGCUGAAUUCUGGUCGAAAAGGUAUUAAAUUACCCAUGGGCGGGCAUUGCAAAAAAAACACUCUGAUGCAUGCUACUUGAUUAUUUUACUCUGUGUAAUGCCAGAUGACUUUACUCGUCAAGGGAAGCAUUCUUCCCCUUGACAAGUAAAAUGGUCUGGUGUUAGACAGAGUAAAAUAAUAAAGUAGGGCGCAUCUGAGCGCAUUGCCUCUUAAUGGGUUAACAUGCUUAAAAUACAUGCUUCCAGAAAGUUUGUCACUUUGGCUAUAGAGCCUCGUUUUCGUGAUUGAGACAUGGACUUUAACUGAUGUCAGAUACACGAAAACGAGGCUCUAUAGGCCAAAGCGUGUAUUAAAAUUGAUUUUUUGGCACAUUAGGCAAUCUGGUCAAAAAAGCGAAUGUGCGGUUUUGGUAGCCGAAACCAUUUUGGGCGAGUCAAUGAGUGCCGAAAAACUAGGUUUGUAUCAACACUGGAUCACAGACUUUAUUAAAAUACAAAAACAUGGCAAUUCCUUGUUUCAAAUUCAGCCUAUUCAACAUAGCAAAAAUUUUUGCAACUUGUCAGAAUUAACACCACAUUAUGAAAUUGAUGAUAAUGAGAUCAAAGUUAUAAACAAAAUGGAGUAAACAACUUUUUUAUUAUACUCAACCUCUUUGAAGACUUUAAAAUGACCACAAAGAAGACUAAAAUGACUAUCGUUAAGUUAUGGUUGUGUUUGUAAUCAUAUUUCAUUGUUAAACAGAAAAUAUGAAUUGGUAAGAUUUUAAGCAAUUAAAUAGGAGGUAAUACACUGUAUCUUCGUUGUAGAAUGACCACAUUUAUGGCAGUAAGGUCCCAGAAUGGUUAUUUUGUGGUCCAUCUGGUGAGAUGUCCUGUUAGAGUCUGUGGGGCAAUCCUACACCCUCCAACCCCUUACCACUUUACCACCCCCAUACCAUUG